CCCAAGUAUUACAUAAAAAAUGGAUGUGGCCAAGUUACAAGAUUCUGAUGAUAAGAAAGAAGAUGAAGUUGUACUUCCUGGGUUUAGAUUUCACCCAACAGAUGAAGAGCUUGUGGGGUUUUAUCUGAGGCGAAAGGUGGAGAAGAAGCCUCUUCGUAUUGAACUCAUCAAACAGAUUGACAUCUAUAAAUAUGAUCCAUGGGAUCUUCCAAAAGUGAGUGCAGUGGGGGAGAAAGAAUGGUACUUCUUCUGCAUGAGAGGAAGAAAAUACAGGAACAGCAUAAGGCCUAACAGGGUAACAGGGUCUGGAUUCUGGAAAGCCACUGGGAUAGACAAGCCUAUAUACUCUGUUAAAGAACCCCAUGAUCAAUGCAUUGGCCUCAAGAAAUCCUUGGUGUACUACAGAGGAAGUGCAGGGAAAGGAACCAAAACUGAUUGGAUGAUGCAUGAGUUUCGUCUUCCACCCAAUGGGAAAAUAACAAGCAAAAAUCUACAAGCUAAUGAUAGCAACGAUGUUCAUGAAGCAGAAGUGUGGACUCUAUGCAGAAUACUCAAAAGAAUCCCAUCUUACAAGAAGUACACACCUAAUUUGAAAAAUUCAGUCAUCAAGCCAAACUACCCCACUAACUCUUCAAGUUCUACGACUUGCAGCUACUUGACAUUCACAGACUCAUCAGUCAUUAAUCAACAAAUUGAAAGGAAACCAGUUAUUGGACAAGUUGAUGAAAGGAACCACUUAUUAUGUCCAAGUCAAUUAAACAAUGCAGCACAGGCUCCCACAACUUUGUCUCACUCAAGUUUUUGGAAUCAGAAUGUGGAUGAAUAUGCAUUUGCAAAUGAUGAGAACUGGGAUGAUCUCAGAUCUGUGGUUCAGUUUGCCACUAAUCCAUCCAACGGUUUAUGACUGUAUAUAAUCUAACAGGGUUUAAACAUUUUAAUGUGA